AUGUUCGACUUCAGCUGCACAUCUGCCUGCAAUCCUCCCAACCCCACUGCCAACACAGUGAAGGUGAGCAUGGAGGACAUUGCCAAGCGGGAUGCCGAGGCGGCGGAUGCAAAGAUCAAGGAGGAGGAGAAGCGCAUCAAUGAAGAGCUGGCAGCGAAGGAGGCUGCACGUGUUGUAGCAGAGAGGGAGGCAAAGGAGCAUGAAGAGCGUCGCAAGGCAGAGGAGGAGGAGAGCAAGAGGCAGCAGGAGGAGCUUGAGCGAAAGGCCAAGGAAGAGGCCGAAGCUGCCGCUGCCGAAGCAGAGAAGAAGCGCGCGGACCAGGACUCAGCACAGCUCAAGAAUGAGGUUAUGGCGUGGUUGAAGAAGCAAGGCUUCACCGGUGUGAACGCGCCGAAGAAGUCCUUUUUCAGCAGCACCUAUGCGCUGCACAAGGCGGCCGAAGCUGGCAAUGUCAAGAUGGUAGGAGGACUCUUGGAGCAGGGCGCCAACCCGGCGUUGAAGAAUUCCAGCGGGAAGACUGCCAAAGAGGCACUUGAGCUAGGAGUGCGUUGGUUGAGUGCUGCUGGAUUUGGUAUUCAUUUGAGCAUGCUGACAUCCUGA